AUGAUUCUUGGAGAUACGAGUGUGCUCACCGACGAGCAGCUCAUGGAUGGCUAUGAUGACAUCCCGUAUCAAGACUUUUUCCCCGUGUUUAUCCUAGAGAGUGACGCUGCGAAUGUGGCUGGUGUUUUGGAUAGUAUUGAUGGGGGUGCUGGUUUUGACUUGGGUGCGGCCGCGCUUGGCCCUGGUGCGUCCCCGUUUGCUCUUGGUUCGACUGAAAAGUUCGUUGACAUCAACUGCUUCCAUCGCUCCCUCGCUUGCGAGCCUCUUUUGAGAGAAACUGCCCAGCAGAGAGGCAUCGUGCUCACGGGCAAGCUGGAACGGUGCACGGACUACAUGAGGACGAAGGGCAGGCGAGGGUCGGUGCCGCGGGGGCCGGGAGCGCGGGCGUGUAAGCCACUCGGGCGUGUUCACCUGGACCUGUGUGGACCGCUGGUGCCUUCCCUGGGCGGCAACCUCUACCUGUUCGUCGCCGUGGACAGCGCCUCGCGGUGGAAUACGGUCUACGGUCUCCGGCGGAAGUCCGACGCGCUGGCGGCAACGAAAAGGCUGCUGGCGGACGUGGGGCGGUACGACCUCGGGCGCAUCGAGUGUUUCCGCGUCUACAACGCACCGAGUGGACCCGCGGCAACUUCCGGCGAUUCUUCGACGACAACGGCAUCGGCGUCGAGUUCACCCCGCCUGGCGUUCCGCAGGCCCAGGCCGUCGCCCGCUCCCGUUGCCGCUGCCGCUGCGCCCCCUGCCGCAACGCCGCCGCCAGCGACCACGCCGUCGCCCGCUGCCGCUCCCGCUGCCACUUCGUCCCCUGCCGCAACGCCGCCGCCAGCGACCACGCCGUCGCCCGCUCCCGCUCCCGCUCCCGCUUCGCCCCCUGCCGCAACGCCGCCGUCAGCGACCACGCCGCCGCCCGCUCCCAAGCCUUCACAGCCGCCCUCUGCCACUUCCCCGUCACCGUCGGCGACCCCCGCUCCUGGCCAGACGUCAUCUGCCGCUUCGCCGUCACCGUCGGCGACCCCCGAUCCAGACCAGCCGCCGUCGCCGCCGGACCCCGCGAUGCCCCCGCUUAAGGCUCACGCCAUGCAGGGGCUUCGCCCGGGUACAAAGGCCGAGGGUAUGACAGACCAGCGGCUGCCAAGCCGUACGAGAUCGGGAACAAGGCACAGCACAGGACCCGUCUCAAUGCUAGACAAAAACAAUCUGGUGUCGAUGCUGGAGGCUCGAAGCGCGGUGGAUGAGGAGCGCAGGGAGCUGGGGGGGGCGGAGGCCGGAGAGCCGGGGGGAGCGGGGGCCGGAGAGCAGGCAGGAGCACUCGCAGAGGUGGACCCGGGGGCUGGAGGAGCGGGCUUUCCACUCGCAUUUGCCACGCUCCUCGCCAACCGGGAAGACACCGAUGCCACGCUGCGAGACCAGCGCCCGCCGGAGCAACGCCCUGACCUUCCGCGCUGCCAGGCCAGCGACCUUCGUGUUCCAAAGAGCUACAAAGAGGCCAUGGCGUCGAUGUUGGCUGCUUUGGCGUGCGAGUUGAACCUCGACUUGUGUCAGUUCGAUAUUGAGCAAGCUUUUGUGCGUUCGGAGUUGGAGGAAGACGUGUACAUGCGUUUGCCGCAGGGAUGUGGAGCUCUAUCUGGAAUGAUUGUAAAACUAGGCAAGAGUCUGUAUGGCUUGAGACAGGCAUCUAGGCAGUGGCAUGCAAUGCUGAAGAGCUGUUUGGUGGAGUUAGGUUUUGAGCAGUGCAUGGCCGAUGCUUGUGUGUUUCGUUUGAUUGAGGAUGGAUGUAUUGGUCUGACUUUGGUAGUACAUGUAGAUGACAUUUUUGCUGUGGGAGAGAAGGAGAGAUGUGACAAGUUUGGCGCCGACCUUAACAAGCCCAUGCCAGUGAAGAACUUGGGAGAGUUGAGAUGGUAUUCUGGGUGCUUUUACGAGAGGAACGAGGAGACCGAGCAUGGAGUAGUGGGAGGUAAGAGCGUUCCGAUGUCUUCGGGGGUGAAGCUUUCUGAUUUUCAUGCGGAUGAGAUAGAGACAGACUAUCCGUUUCGUGAACUAGUCGGAUCUUUGAUGUGGCUGGCGACUCAGACUAGAUCACACAUUGCGAAUGCAGCAAGGGCAGUAGCUAGGUAUUGCUCAUCUCCAAAGCAGGUCCACUGGGAUGCAGCAAUAGGUAUUUUAGGGUAUGCAAGGAAGACGAGUUAUUUCGGUAUAUCAUUUCAGCGAGGUACGGUAGAGGGAUUCAGCUUGCAGGGGUACGCUGAUGCGGACUUUGCAAGCAAGGCAGCAGACCGUAGGUCGGUAUCAGCGGGGAUCGUCACAUAUGGAGGAGGCGCCGUGUCUUGGUUUUCCAGAACGCAGAAGUGUGUUACGCUUUAGACGACAGAAGCAGAGUACGUGGCGCUUGGUGACGUAGUGAAGGAGAUCUUGUUUUUGAGGCAGGUUUGGCGUUUCAUGUUGCCGCAGGUCGGCAUGCCGUGCAUCCCAGUCUUCGAGGACAACCAGGGGGCGAUUCAACUAGCGCAGAGCCCCAUCUCAAACUCGAACUCGAAGCACAUAGAUGUAAGGCACCGUUUUC